UCGGAAACGACGUUCCUUUUAAUUGUUUUGUGUUUUAGGUAACGGUGACUGAAUGAAUCAAAUUGUGAAUGCGGCGAAGGCGAUUUGUAAUGGUGAAAAUAUAUCGAUGAAGAUUGUUAGCGAAGCACUCCGCCGUGCCGGUGAGGUUUGCGCUCAGAAACCAUACAUGGUGAAGGUUACCGGAUACACCAUCGUGAUUGGCCCUUUACGAGGUCAUGCAUCCGAUUUUGCGCACUAUAUACUCACCACAAUUCUAUUAAAUGAGGAGGUUGAGAAUAUCGUCCUGCUAGGGAAUUAUAUUGACGGUGCGCACCAAUCCAUAGAGGUGCUAUACUUGGUCGCUCUUCUUGUAUCUCAUUCAGGGAAAAACGUGGUGCCACUCUUAGGGAAACACGAGCUGAUCUACCCGAUACAACCCAAGUUUUUUGGAUCGCUACAAAAUGAACUUAUUCUACGGUCAAUUAAUUCCAAUACUAGUGCCGAAGUAUAUGAGGAAGAGGUGCAGAAUUUCUUUUUUACUUUACCGAUUGUCUGCGUUAUUGAUGAACUUUUAUUUUGUGUUUCUGGUGGACUGGCUUCGGGGUUUCGUUUGCUUUCUCAAAUUGAGGUGGAGACUUCGAGAGAGGCACUUUUGGAGUUUGUUGUUAAUAGUCGAAUGAGCGAACCCGAAGAAAUGGUAUUGGGGAAAAAUAUUUUUGUUGCUUCGCACAGCGAUCGUUCAUUUUUUUACACCUUCAAUGCGGCUUGCAAUUUUAUUAGUCGUAAUAAUCUGGCGAUGCUGAUUGUAGGCAUGGAGUACCACACAAACUGUCCUGACAAAAAUGACUUCACAAGACCGAACCACAACGAUGAAUCAAUUUAUUUUCCAGGAUAUGUUAUCGACAAAAUCCACCCCGAAAUGGAAAUACCGGCCGUGAUAUCUAUCUUCUCUGCGCCUUGCUUUUGUGGGAAUAAUCGUAAUAAUGCAUGCAUUUUGGAGAUUUUUAAUAGGUGUUUGAAGAUACGAGAGCUUAAAAUGUAUAACGAACGCCCUCUAAUUAUGCCUGGAAACCAAAAUCAUGCCUUUUCUUGGGCACAACCGAUGCUCGAAAAUGCGGUGCUGAAGGUCGCACAAGAAUUAAUUUCUGGUUCCAUCCCUCAGCAACCACUUUCGAAAGAGGAGGAGGAUUACUGUAAUCGUGAGAGGCAUGCCAAAGCAAAGAUGAGGCGCAUGUGUCAGCUUCUAAAAUUUUUCAACAUACCACUCCCUAAGUUUCCUUGGAGUUAACAUACUCGACAUCACUAAAAUUAACCUGCCUAGGUAUCAUUCUUCAAGUUCUAUUUGUGAUGCUUUCAUUUACUUUUAAAAUUAUUAUUUUCUUUCAUUGUUUGCGAAUCAUUUGUAAAA